AUGUCUUUCCUCCAGGACCCAGGUUUCUUCACCAUGGGUGUGUGGUCCAUUGGUGCGGGGGCCCUGGGGGCUGCUGCUGUGGCUCUGUUCCUGGCCAACACAGACAUCUUUCUGUCGAAGCCUCAGAAAGCAACCCUGGAGUAUCUGGAAGAUGUAGACCUGAAAACACUGGAGAAGGAACCCAGGACUUUCAAAGCAAAGGAGCUCUGGGAAAAGAACGGAGCAGUGAUUAUGGCUGUACGGAGGCCAGGCUGUUUCCUCUGUCGAGAGGAGGCUGCAGACCUGUCCUUUCUGAAGCCCAAAUUGGACGAACUGGGUGUCCCCCUGUACGCAGUUGUGAAGGAGCAGGUCAGCAAUGAAGUGGAGGACUUCCAGCCGUAUUUCAAAGGAGCCAUCUUUCUGGAUGAAAAGAAAAAGUUCUACGGUCCCCAGAGGCGGAAGAUGAUGUUUAUGGGAUUUAUCCGUCUGGGUGUCUGGUCCAACUUCUUCCGGGCCCGGAAUGGAGGCUUCUCUGGAAACCUGGAAGGCGAAGGCUUUAUCCUUGGAGGCGUUUUUGUGGUGGGAUCAGGAAAGCAGGGUAUUCUUCUUGAGCACCGAGAGAAAGAAUUUGGAGACAAAGUAAACCCAGCGUCUGUUCUGGAAGCUGCUAGGAAGAUCAAACCACAGGCCUUGGCCCCACAAGACAAAUGA